AUGGUUCUAUUCUUCAGUUCAACAGCGGCGAACCCUCCCGUUGUCCUCUACAUGGGUAAGGACAAGGUCGAAAAUGAAGACCUCAUCAAAUACGCAUGGCCACAAGAUGUUUGGUUUCAUGUCGACAAGCUCUCGUCUGCCCAUGUGUACUUGCGAAUGCCGGAGGGGAUGUCGUGGGAGAACAUACCAGAGCCCCUCCUCGUAGAUUGUGCUCAGCUUGUCAAGGCGAACUCGAUUGAAGGGAACAAGAAGGACAACCUUACGAUUAUAUACACCCCAGCGGACAACCUAAAGAAAACUGGUGACAUGGCAGUUGGCCAAGUAUCAUUCCAUAACGAUAAGCGGGUGAAGCGAAUCCACGUCGCGAAGCGCGAAAAUCCAAUUGUGAAUCGGCUCAACAAGACAAAAGUCGAGAGAGAGGUUGAUCACGAACAAGAGCGCGUUGAGCGUAUCAAACAGGAGAGUGCGAUAAGAAGGGCAGCGGCGGCGCAGAAGAAAAAGGCCGACGUAGAGCUUGCUCGAGCACGGGAAGCAGAAAAGGCAGCACGAUCCUACGACACGCUGUUUAACCAAGAAGCCGAAAGUGAUGAAGAGUCAUCUGGGCCAAAGAAGUCUGUGAGGGAGUUGGAAGAUGACUUCAUGUGA